AUGAUUUUGAAAUCUUUUAUACUCGGUAAUCUAGUAUCCUUAUGGAUGAAGAUAAUCAAUUCGGUCGUUAUGGUCGGACUCUAUUAUGGAUUUCUGACCACAUUCUCCAUAGGGCCCUCUUAUCUCUUCCUUCUCCGAGCUCGGAUUAUGGAAGAAGGAGAGGAAGGAACCGAGAAGAAGGUAUCAGCAACAACGGGUUUUAUUGCGGGACAGCUCAUGAUGUUCAUAUCGAUCUAUUAUGCGCCUCUGCAUCUAGCAUUGGGUAGACCUCAUACAAUAACUGUCCUAGCUCUACCCUAUCUUUUGUUUCAUUUCUUCUGGAACAAUCACAAACACUUUUUUGAUUAUGGAUCUACUACCAGAAAUUCAAUGCGUAAUCUUAGCAUUCAAUGGAUAUUCCUGAAUAAUCUCAUUUUUCAAUUAUUCAACCAUUUCAUUUUACCAAGUUCAAUGUUAGCCAGAUUAGUCAACAUUUAUAUGUUUCGAUGCAACAACAAGAUGUUAUUUGUAACAAGUAGUUUUGUUGGUUGGUUAAUUGGUCACAUUUUAUUCAUGAAAUGGGUUGAAUUGGUAUUAGUCUGGAUACAGCAAAAUAAUUCUAUUAGAUCUAAUGUACUUAUUCGAUCUAAUAAGUACCUUGUGUCAGAAUUGAGAAAUUCUAUGGAUCGAAUCUUUAGUAUUCUCUUAUUUAUUACCUGUGUUUACUAUUUAGGCAGAAUACCGUCACCCAUUGUUACUAAAAAACUGAAAGAAACCUCAGAAACGGAAGAAAGGGGGGAAAGUGAGGAAGAAAGAGAUGUAGAAAUAGAAAGAACUUUCGAAACGAAGGGGACUAAACGGGAACAAGAGGGAUCCACCGAAGAAGAUCCUUCUCCUUCCCUUUUUUCGGAAGAAAAGGAGGAUCCGGACAAAAUCGAUGAAAGGGAAGAGAUCCGAGUAAAUGGAAAGGGGGAUGAAUUCAACUUUAAAGAGACAUUCUAUAAAGAUAACCCAGUUUAUAAAACUUCUUAUCUGGAUGGGAAUAAAGAGAAUUCAAAGUUAGAAAUAUUUAAAGAAGAUAAAUAUUUAUUAUGGUUUGAAAAACCUCUCGUGACUCUUCUUUUCGACUAUAAAAGAUGGAACCGUCCGUUGCGAUAUAUAAAAAAUGAUCGAUUUGAAAAUGCUGUCAAAAAUGAAAUGUCACAAUAUUUUUUUUAUACAUGUCGAAGUGAUGGAAAAGAAAGAAUAGCUUUUACAUAUCCACCCAGUUUGUCAACUUUCUGGGAAAUGAUACAAAGAAAAAUGUCUUUUUUCCCAAUAGAAAAACUACUCUGUGAUGAAUUGUCUGAUCAUUGGAAUUAUAUGAAUGAACAAAAAAAGAACAACCUGAGUACAGAAUUUCGAAAUAGAAUUGAAGCUCUCGAUAAAGGAUGUAUUACUCUAAAUGUGCUCGAAAAAAGAAUUAGACUGUGUAAUGAUGAGACUAAAAAAGACUACUUACCUAAAAUAUCUGAUCCUUUUUUGACCGGACCUGAUCGCGGAAAGAUCAAUAAUUUUUUUUCAUCCUCAAAUAAAACUUUAAUAAAAAAUUACAUAGAGACGGGUUGGAUAAAUAAGAUUCAUGGUAUACUUUUAAUUACUGAUUAUGACAAAUUGAAAAAAAAAAUAGAUACAUUUGAUAGAAAUUCAUUAUCAAGAGAAAAAAAACUUUCUUUAUUUGCAGUUACAGAAGACGAACAAGGAAGAAUUGAUUUAGAAGAUCAAAAAAAAAUUUUCAAAUUUUUAUUCAAUCCAGUUAUAACCGAUCCCAAGGCUAAAAGAAUUAUAAAAAAAUCUAUUGGAAUAAAAGAAAUCAGUAAAAAAGUUCCCCGAUGGUCAUACCAAUUAAUCGAUGAAUUAGAACAACAGGAAGGAGGAGAAAAUGAAGAAAACGUCGCAGAGGAUCAUGAGAUUCGUUCAAGAAAAGCCAAACGUGUAGUAAUUUUUACUGAUAAGCAAGAAAAUACUGAUACUAAUACCUCCAAUACUAAUGACCCUGAUCAAACAGAGGAAGUGGCUUUGAUACGUUAUUCGCAACAAUCAGAUUUUCGUCGAGACAUAAUCAAAGGAUCCAUGCGUGCUCAAAGACGUAAAACUGUUACCUGGGAACUGGUUCAAGCAAAUGUGCAUUCCCCUCUUUUUUUGGACCGAAUAGACAAACCCCUUUUUUCUUUUAAUAUCUCCGAGUUAGUGAAAGUCAUUUUUAAAAACUCAACGGAUAAAAAAGCACAAAAAUUAAAAAUUUCGGAUUAUACAGAGGAAAAGAGAAAAGAAAGUGAGAAAAAAAAAGAAGAACAAAAAAGAGAAAAAUACAAAAGAGAAGAGAAAGCACGAAUAGAAAUAGCAGAAGCCUGGGAUAGCAUUCUAUUUGCUCAAGUAAUAAGAGGUUUCAUAUUAGUAAGCCAAGCGUUUCUUAGAAAAUCUAUUAUAUUACCUUCAUUGAUAAUAGCUAAAAAUAUAGUCCGUAUGUUAUUAUUUCAAUUUCCCGAAUGGUCCGAAGACUUAAAAGAUUGGAAUAAAGAAAUGCAUGUUAAAUGCACCUAUAAUGGUGUUCAAUUAUCAGAAACAGAAUUUCCAAAAAAUUGGUUGACAGACGGUAUUCAGAUAAAGAUCCUAUUUCCUUUUUGCCUUAAACCUUGGCACAGGUCUAACCUACGAUCCCCUCAAAAAAAUCCGUUGAAACUGAAAAAAAAAGAUAAAGGACAAAAAAACGAUUUUUGUUUUUUAACAGUUUGGGGAAUGGAAACUAACCUUCCUUUUGGUUCUCCCCGAAAACGACGUUCAUUUUUUGAACCCAUUUUCAAAGAACUCAAAAAAAAAAUUAUAAAAUUGCAAAAAAAGUCUUUUCUAGUUAUACAGUUUUUAAAAGAAAGAACAAAAUUUUUUCUAAACAUCUCAAAAGAAACAAAAAAACGGGUCAUCAAAAGCAUUCUAUUUAUAAAAAGAAUAAUAAAAGAACUUUCAAAAAUAAAUCCAAUUCUAUUCUUUGGAUUAAGAGAAAUAUAUGAAUUGAGUGAAAUUAAAAAAGAAAAAGAUUCGCUAACGAGUAAUCAGAUGAUUCAUGAAUCGUCCAUUCAAAUUCGAUUUAUGGAUUUGAAAGAUUAUUCGUUGACAGAAAAAAAAAUGAAAGAUCUGGCUGAUAGAACAACCACAAUCAGGAAUCAAAUAGAUAAAAUUACAAAAGAUAAGAAGAAAGGAUUUUUAACUCCGGAACUAAAUAAUAAAAUAAAUAUUAGUUCUAAUAAAAGAAGUUCUCCUACUAAACUAGUACCACCAAGAAAAAAUAUUUCGCAGAAAUUAAAAAGAGGAAAUGUUAGAUUCAUCCGUAAAUCAUAUUUUUUUAUAAUAUUUUUAAUUCAAAGGAUAUAUAUAGAUAUCGUUCUAUCUAUCAUUUCUAUUCCGAGAAUCAAUACACAACUUUUUUUUGAAUUAUCAAAAAAAAUUCUUGAUAAAUACAUUUCCAAUAAUGAAACAAAUAAAGAAAAAAUUAAUAAAACAAAUAAAAAUACACUUCGCUUUAUUUCGACUAUAAAAAAGUCGCCUUUUGAUAUUAGUAAUAAGAAUUCAAAAAGAAUUUUUGACUUAUCCUCCUUGUCACAAGCAUAUGUAUUUUACAAAUUAUACCAAACCCAACUUAUUAACUUGUAUAAAUUAAGAUAUGUUCUUGAAUAUCACGGAACGUCUCUUUUUCUUAAGAAUGAAAUAAAGAAUUAUUUCGAAGAACAAAAAAUAUUGAAUUCUGAAUUACGACAGAAAGAUCUUUUGAAUUCUGGAAUCAAUCAAUGGAAAAACUGGUUAAGAGGGCAUUAUCAAUAUGGUUUAUCCCCGAUUAGAUGGUAUCGCUUAGUACCUCAAAAAUGGCGAACUAAAAUCAAUCAACAACGUAUGGAUCGGAAUAAAGAUUUAAACAAAAAGUAUUCUGAUGAAAAAACAGACCAAUUAAUUCAUUACAAAAAAUUAAAUGAUUUUGAAGCAAAUUCAUUACCGAAUCAAAAAUAUAACUUUCAAAAACACUAUAGGUAUGACCUUUUCUCAUAUAAAUCUAUUAAUUAUGAAAAUAAAAAGCAUUCAUAUAUUUAUGGAUCACCAUUACGUAUAAAUAAUAAAGAGAAGAUUUCUUAUGAUUACAAUAUAGACAAUAUAGAUAAGGGUAUAUUAUUUAAUAUGUCAGGAGGUCUUAUUCCUAUCAAUAAUUAUCUAGGAGAAGAGGAUAUUAUGAAUCUGGAGAAAUUUUCCGAUAGAAAAUAUUUUGAUUGGAAAAUUUUCCAUUUUUGUCUUAGAAAGAAAGUUGAUAUUGAGUCCUGGAUAGAUCCCAAUGGUAAUAAAAAUGCUAAGGCUGGGUUUAAAAAUUAUCAACUAAUUGACAAAAUUACUAAAAAAGGUCUUUCUUAUCUUACAAUCUAUCAAAAUCAAGGAAUCCAACCAUCCAAGAAAAAAAACCUUUUUGAUUGGAUGGGAAUGAAUGAAGAAAUAUUAAGUCGUCCCAUAUCGAAUCUGAAACUUUGGUUCUUCCCAGAAUUUAUCCUAUUUUAUAAUACAUAUAAAAUGAAACCGUGGAUCAUACCAAUCAAAUUACUUCUUUCAAAUUUGAAUGGAAAUGAAAAUGUUAGUGAAAAUCAAAAUAUCAAUAUAAAGAGAAAGGGGAAUCUUUUUAUAUUAUCAAAUGAAAAAAAAAUUAUUGAAUUAGAGAAUCGAAAUCAAGAAGAAAAAGAAUCUGCAGGCCGAGGUAAUCUUGAAUCAGAUGCACAAAACCAAGAGAAUCUUGGAUCGGUUCUCUCAAACCAAGAAAAAGAUAUUGAAGAAGAUUAUGCAGGCUCAAAUAUGAAAAAACGUAGAAAGAAAAAGCAAUACAAGAGCAAUACAGAAGCAGAGCUUGAUUUCUUCCUAAAAAGGUAUUUACGUUUUCAAUUGAGAUGGGAUGAUUCUUUAAAUCAAAGAAUGAUCAAUAAUAUCAAAGUAUAUUGUCUCCUGCUUAGAUUGAUAAAUCCAAAAGAAAUUGCUAUAUCCUCUAUUCAAAGGGGAGAAAUGAGUUUGGAUAUUCUAAUGAUUCAAAAGGAUUUAACUCUUACAGAAUUGAUGAAAAAGGGCAUAUUUAUUAUCGAACCAGUUCGUUUGUCUAUAAAAAAUGACGGACAAUUUCUUAUCUAUCAAACGAUAAAUAUUUCAUUGGUUCAUAAGAGUAAGCCCGAAAUUAAUCAAAGAUAUCGAGAAAAAAGCUAUAUUGAUAAGAAAUAUUUUGAUAAAUCUAUUGGAAGACAUCAAAGAAUGAUCGAAAAUAGGGACAAAAAUCAUUCUGAUUUCUUUGUUCCUGAAAAAAUUUUAUCCACUAAACGGCGGAGAGAAUUAAGAAUUCUAAUUUCUUUCUAUUCGAGGAAUAGAAAUGUUAUACAUAAAAAUCCAGUAUUUUUCAAAUACGUAAAAAACUGUAGUGAAGUUUUGGAUAAAAGCAAAAGAGAUAAAAAUAAACUAAUUAAAUUAAAGUUCUUUCUCUGGCCUAAUUAUAGAUUAGAAGAUUUAGCUUGUAUGAACCGAUAUUGGUUUGAUACCAAUAAUAGCAGCUGUUUUAGUAUGGUAAGGAUACAUAUGUAUCCACGAUUGGAAAUUCGUCAAUAA